AUUUAAACGUCGAACGGUAUUUAACAGACCGGGUCGGUCGUGUCGUGUCCAGAUGUGCGAGCUUUUCGUGGUUCUAGUCGGGGUUCGAGAUGGACAACAACGGACAGAGCUCUCUCUCAAAAGAAUCCACUGACCGACCCAGCCUUGUGUCUGAGGAUGGAAAAAACAUUAAGUCGGUUCUGUGUCAACGCUGUGGGUCCAAAGUGCUGUGCCCAGGGAUGGCUGUGUUUGCAGAGAAAGAGCUGUUCCUGCCAUCGAUGAGGAAGAAGAACACCGUCGGCACAUCAGAUGGCUCUGUGGAUGGAGACACUCUCACUGCCCACUGGGUGGUUGAUGACAUAUACACGUUUGAGAAUGUGGGCUUCACCAACAACGUGGGGAGAAUCAAGUACCUCAUCUGUGCCGACUGUGAGAUUGGACCCAUUGGCUGGCACUGUUUGGACGACAAAAAAAGUUUCUACGUUGCUGUGGAAAGGGUCGAUCACGCAUAAUGAGAUGACUCAAUCCAGACAGGAUUUUUAACUGUGUUGGCAUGCUAUGCAUCCUGUAAUGAAUUAGAUAUUUCUGUGACUUGAUUAAACCUGCCCCCCCCACCAUCCUCUUACACCUUACACACCUAACCAGGCCUGGAUAUUAUCUCAUUUGUACAGUGAUGGCUUUGUUGAUGAUGACGGGACUGUGGCCAUACCUUUUCCUUUGUUAUCCUGAUGGCAAGAGUGUACUGUGUGUUCUAAUAAAUCUUUGGAAAGCGGAUGUUAAAUAGCUUCCUGAAAUAUAGUAUUUCUUGGGUGAAAUGUUUUCAAUUCUGUCAAAUCAAUGUCUUUUACCUGUGCAGUAUAUACUGUUGUUUACAUCCUUUUAAGAUACUCACUACUAAAUUAUUAUUUUAAUUAGAUAAUCAUGUUUCUAAUGUGUGCAAUCAUUUCACGAGGUGGUGUUCUAUCCAACUAGAUGUCGACCCGACUACUCCACUGUGGCAAGAACAAUCCACUUUCCUCUUGUGUGGGCUCACAUCACAGAAAAAAACAUGUGUUGUUACCACUUGCACAAUGUGCCAUCAUGUGCCAUCAAGUGCCAUGCAUGUGCCAUGCAUGUGCCAUCUGCAAAACAGAUGACACAGCACAACUACAGCUGGCUCAACAUUUUUUGAACCUUAUUUUUUUUAUCUGAGAGUUUAUCCUUAAAUGUGCUCUUUUAAAGAGCAAGAGCGCUCAAAAUGUUUAGAAGAAUUUUAAAUGAGUCGGAUACGCCUGAAUUAUUCUACAAGAGCCCCGAGACAAAUAUUUACUGUUAAUAGGAUUCUACUCUUCUGGUGUGCUAAUAACCUCAAGGCACCGUUUAAUAAAGUGCUUCAUUUAACAUGAUCUUCAGUGCUGGAGGGAGGUUAAGACUUGGUCUUUUCCUUAUGAACACUGCUCGUCGAUGCAG